GGAUUGAGUCGCUUACUCACAUUAAAGUUUGAUAGCGUUCUAAUGGCGUCUUUCCAUAUAUUGCUUCGAUCUUUGCAGUCAUGAAAGAACCUUUUCUGAUCGCAUUUCAUUUCCACACCUUGGAUUUGAAACCAUUAGAAUCAAGGCAUUUCUAUUUCUUGGAGGGGGGGAUUGUGUGAAGAAGAGGAGGGAGAGAAAACAUGAUGUCAUAUUCUUUAGACCUCAUUGAGAACUCCAUUUCUAGGGGAUAUGCAAUAUUUUCAUUCUAAUACCCUCCAGUGUGAUCCGUAAAAGCGCAAUAUCUUGAAAUUUACACUUGUGGGGCCGAAGGAGGGUAACCUGAUCUCAAAAACAUUCCAAUGAACUUUGACAGCUACACCCUUUGGAAGUGAAAGUGCUGAAUAGUUGGAGAGAAUCUUAUCCCUUUAUUGGAUAAAAUGGUAACAUUUGUGUCCUCCAAAAGGUGAAUUAUGGAUACAACAGACGAACCACCAAGAGCAUGAACCGAUUAUCGAAUGACUGAGUAAAUCAUCUAACUUGUACCUUGGAGCUGGGGGAAGACCCUGCAAUACUUUUGGGGGGCUAUAGCACAAGCAGGGAAGUUCAUUAAUUCUGCUAGGGAAACUAAAUAAUUUGUAAUAUUACAAGGUUGGAAACAGCAACCUUAUCAAACACUGCAAUAUGCAUUGGAUAUAGUGGUAUCAAUAAACGAUGAGUCCUUUGUGAAGUAGCGGGAGCUUGUCUGAUGUGUUCAGGAAUUUUUUGUCCUUCCUUGUUUCUACUCUUAAAUCUUUUUUUUUUACGCAUCACGGAAACCAGAAAAGUAAAGAGGGAAGACUUCGAUAAAUAAUCGAUGUCCUCCCCAAGCCCAAUCAUAUGGCCACCAAGGCUUCUAUUAGCUCUGAAACAACACAUAGAAGCGGUUGAAAGUGCAGAAAGCCCUUCAAUUCCGCCGAUGGAUAACGACCAUAAGACAAUUCGUACUUUUUUUGAUAACUGUCAUCAUACCCUAGCGGAACGACUCGCUCAGAAAGGCUUUGACUACGACCUUACCGACUACUGCAUUCACUUUGUGUGUGAGAUUCUCGGGGAGGCGUGCAUGCAUACCUUUCUCUUACCCCGAGAACGGCGCGUGAUCACGUCAAUGUUGCGUCAUAAAAUACGCAAAACUGUGAUCGCACCGCGUUCCAAAGCUACGGCCGAGCAAAAUGCGAGGAAGGCUCCCAAGAUAGAGGAGGAGGUCGAUGAAACGAGAGGCGAGGGCAGUUCAUUCGCGUCUUUAUUGACCUUGGAGUAUCUGCUGAGGCUCUUUUUUACGUUGCCUCCAGUUUUAGAACAUUAUGACAAACUUGGGGCGUCUUCUAUGCCUCAGUACGCAAAGCGACCUGUGUGGGAGUUUGUGAAUGAGUGCUUAAAUCUACUGAAUAGUAUUCCUGAUGCACUUUACCCAAUUAGCUCCUACGUACCUUUAAAAAAAUGACGUCGAGAUGUUUUACCUUAGCCACCACUAUUGAUUUAUCCUGACAAAUAAAGGGGAAAAAUAAGUGAAUAGGGGAGGUGGCAAAUCAGAAUCGUGUUGUCUACACGUAAUCCAUCG